GGCUAGCUGGUUUGCAACCACGACCCCAAAACCAGAUAUCUGUGGAGCGAGAGAUAGACGCAGAUGGUCAUGUCGGAGAGUGGGAGCAAAGAUGCAGUGCAGAACGAUGCAGCCCAUAGCACCAGUACAGAGCCACACGUGGCCAGACCAAAUAUUGGCAACAGAGUGACUGUAGUGCUUGGGGCUCAAUGGGGCGACGAGGGAAAAGGGAAAGUUGUGGACCUGCUCGCUCAGGAUGCUGAUAUCGUUUGCAGAUGCCAGGGUGGCAACAAUGCUGGACACACGGUGGUGGUGGACUCUGUGGAGUAUGACUUCCAUCUCCUACCCAGCGGCAUUAUCAACCCCAAGGUCACUGCUUUCAUUGGUAAUGGGGUAGUGAUCCACCUGCCUGGCCUCUUCGAGGAGGCUGAGAAGAAUGUGUGCAAAGGCAAAAGUCUGGAGGGCUGGGACAAGAGGUUGAUCAUUUCAGACAGAGCACACAUUGUGUUUGAUUUCCACCAAGCGGUCGACAGUGUGCAAGAGCAGCAGAGACAAGAGCAAGCGGGCAAGAACCUCGGGACAACUAAAAAGGGGAUUGGCCCAGUGUACUCAGCCAAAGCAGCCCGCAGCGGCCUCCGGAUAUGUGACCUCAUGUCUGACUUCACGCAGUUCUCUGAAAGAUUUAAAGUCUUAGCCUCGCAGUAUCAGUCUAUGUAUCCAACCCUGGUGAUUGACAUCGAUGGGGAGUUGUCGAAGUUGAGGGAUUACGCGGAGAAGGUAAAGCCUAUGGUGAGAGACGGGGUCUUUUACAUGUACGAGGCCUUACAUGGACCUCCCAAAAAUAUCCUGGUGGAAGGAGCCAAUGCCGCCCUCUUGGAUAUUGACUUUGGGACGUACCCUUUCGUGACCUCGUCUAACUGCACAGUGGGCGGGGUGUGUACGGGACUAGGCAUGCCGCCCCAGAAUGUGGGCGAGGUGUACGGUGUGGUCAAGGCCUACACCACCCGGGUUGGCAUUGGAGCCUUUCCCUCAGAGCAGUUCAAUGACAUUGGGGAGCUCCUACAGACGAGGGGGAAAGAAGUGGGCGUAACCACGGGCCGUAAAAGGAGAUGUGGUUGGCUGGACCUGGUGCUCAUCAAAUACGCCCACAUGAUCAACGGCUUCACUGCCUUAGCUCUCACCAAACUAGACAUCUUGGAUGUGCUCCCUGAGAUCAAGGUUGGUGUGUCGUACUCUGUGGACGGUGAAAAUAUACCUCAUUUUCCAGCCAACCAGGAAGUCUUACAGAGCGUUGAGGUUCAGUAUGACACCCUGCCAGGUUGGAACAGUGACACCUCCGCCACCAGAACAUUCAAUGAGCUGCCAGAGAACGCCCAGAAAUACGUCCGCUACAUUGAGAAGCACCUCGGUGUGCCUGUGAAAUGGAUUGGAGUAGGCAAGUCUCGGGAGUCUAUGAUCCAGAUCUUCUAAGGUCUUCUCCUCCACACCGUAGCCACCACCAGACCAGACCCUCAGUCCCCUCUCCCUCCCUCCAGAUGGCUACCUGGUUCCAGGGGCCUGUGGCCUGGGAAGGUGGUCCUAUGCUACAUGCCACUCCUUUCUAUCCCCAACUCACCCCCAUACCACAGACACCAACCUGGGGGAUGCUCUUAUCCUCCUAUCCCCCCACCUUUUUGUGGAACACUCCUAUUAUUGCUCUCUCUCUCUCUGUGCCUCCCUGUGCCUCUCUCUCUCCCUGUGCCUCUCUCUCUCUCCCUGUGCCUCU